AACAUCAAAAUGGAGCUCACCUCCCACUGGGCAAAACAACAUAGGCAUGUAUAUAAGUGCAUAUGAAGCCAUUUGGUGGACUAGCGCUAGCCACUGGGAGGAUAGAAAUCAGGAAUGUAGGAGGGCUAAGGUUUGAAAGAAGUCAGAGAUUCUAAGAAGUGGAGGUGAAGGAGUGAAUGCAUUCUGAGCAAGUCUGGCUGACAGCCUGGGCAACGGAAAGGAGGCAGGAAAUGGCACAUCGUAUGGUAGGCCAGUUAGGCGGACACAUGGAAUGCACGAAGUUACUCUUGGAGAAAGACAGCUCAGACAAACAAGGAUAGAAGACAAGGACUACAGCACUGUUUCUGAAAUGAUCCAAAGCGAGGAGACAUAUGAAAUCCCUGAUCAGCCAGAAGAAAAUGAAAAUAAGCUUUAUGAGCAGGUUUGUGAUGAUAGGUUAUCCCCAGGUUCCACCACAGAUGAAGAAACUACCUACAUCAAUGUCCAGGAGACUCCAGGGAAUGCUCAGUAUGACUCUGUGUCCUCCUACUGGGAUAAUGAUGAAGAAUACAGCAUGGUCUUUUCUCAGCAAGGAGAGAGAAAUUAUGAGCUGCGUGCAGAAGUCUGUGAGCAGGCUGAAGAUGCCCAUCAACAGUCUGAAAAAGCCUAUGAGUCUCCCAAACACUUCUACCAGCUUCCUGAACCACUCUACCAGUCAUUGGAUAAAGCAGACCAGAAGCCUGAAGAAAUUUAUCAACCGCCUAGGGCAAUCUACCUACUGGAUGAAGAAAUUUAUCCAAAGGAUAAAUCCAAGGAGAGGAUUGAUGCAGACACGGGCAGGAUUAUCUCAAGGGGUACAUUGCCCUCUCCCACAAGCUUCAGCAUACAGUCUAUCAAAAGCUCCUUUAGCUUGUUUUCCAGAUCUGACAGUUUGCAAGAAGUCAGAAACUCUACCAGUGACCCAGAGAUCUAUCUCUUCGUCAAGGCUGGAUCAGACGGCGAAAGCAUUGGGAACUGCCCAUUCUCUCAGCGUCUCUUCAUGAUCCUGUGGUUGAAAGGGGUUGUGUUCAAUGUCACUACUGUGGACCUGAAAAGAAAGCCUGCUGAUCUGCAUAACCUGGCCCCUGGGACCCAUCCACCAUUUCUGACAUUCAACGGGGAUGUUAAGACAGACGUCAACAAGAUUGAAGAGUUCUUGGAGGAGACCUUGACCCCGCAAAAGUACCCCAAACUGGCUGCUAAACACAGGGAAUCCAACACAGCUGGGAUUGACAUCUUCUCCAAGUUUUCUGCAUACAUUAAGAACACAAAGCAACAAGAUAAUGCCUCUCUUGAAAGAGGCUUGACAAAGGCAUUGAAGAAACUGGAUGAUUAUCUGAAAACACCCCUGCCUGAGGAGAUAGAUGCUGAUACUUGUGGAGAUGAUGAGAAGACCUCCAGGCGCAGGUUUCUGGAUGGGGAAGAGCUGACCCUUGCUGACUGCAAUCUGCUGCCCAAACUCCAUGUAGUCAAGAUCGUAGCCAAGAAAUACCGCAACUAUGAGAUUCCUGCUGAGAUGACAGGUCUAUGGCGAUACCUCAAGAAUGCCUAUGCGCGAGAUGAAUUCACCAACACCUGUGCAGCUGACAGUGAAAUUGAGAUGGCUUAUGCUGAUGUAGCCAAGCGACUCAGCAAAUCUUGAACUCUCCCUCACCCUAUCUUGCCUCUGCUGCAAAAGAACUUAUUCUCCACCAAAGACUCCUGCUUCACAGACUGCUCUUCCCUGUUGCCUUGGGAGAUUUUAUUAUUAUUUUUUUCAUGAUCAAGUCUUGCUGAUGUCACCAUAACAUCAGCAUCUGUCUUUCAGAAAGAUCUAGAGCUCAUCUGGCCUUACCCAUUGGGGAAACUGAAGGGCAGAGGUGCAUCAGUUAAUCUCUUCAAGUGCUGGUCUGAUCUUGGUUUAGUCCAAGUGCAUGAAGCCCUCUCACACUUGGAAUUGUUUAGCUGGCUAUUCUGCCAACAUCUCAAACCAUGUUCUUGAGUGGAUAAGGAACAUGGAACCAACAUUGACUCUUCUUCUCCUCUUUUUGUUGACCCCAGUGACUAAGGAUAUGAGCCUCUUUUAAAUAGAUCUUGUCAGAGGCAGCAAUUUUGCCUCGGCACGAGAGGUAGAAGGUAUUUGACAAGGAUGAGGGUGAGUGGAUUGUUGGAUUCUGGCAAAAACAUUUUCAGCCAGGAUCUUUUAGCAACCCCCUUGCCAGUGAGUCCUAGAUAAAGAGAAAAUUGAAUACUACUUAGUCACUGGUACAGCUGGCUCAGCUGCUAUCUUUGGUGCUGGUAAUGUUGUUAUAAUGCUGCCCAGCAGUAAUUAAUAUAAACUAUGGUGGGAAAGAGGGUAAGCACACAAUUUUCAAAUGGUAUGCUUGCAGGCCAAGGGAAAAGUAGGUGACCCAAAAGGAGAAGAGGGCAAAGGGGUGGAGCAAUGUUGAUGCCAAAAGGCCCACUGGGUCUGCCAGCCAGUGGGGAAUGCUUGAGCACUGAUAUUUGCUUGCCACUGGGUUGGGUAUAUUUAUCAAUGGAUAUGUUUUAUCCAUGGCGCAGGGGAGAAAAAUGAGUUCUCUGCAGGGGCUAAAGUGCUGAUACCUGCCAGGCAGGUCUUCUCUCUUCUUCUCCAGGUCUUGGGAUGAUGUGUGUCUCAUUACCACCAACCUUCCACCCAAAGAACUAAGAAAUGGCCAAAAGAUUUCCCUUCAGUUCCUCCUAGUUUUUCUUGUACACUGACUUUCCCAGAUGAGUCCAUCCAGUUGCUUCUGUAUGAUUCAUUUAUAUUAGUACCUGCACGAGAAUUACCAUUGGUUUAUGGCUUGAAUACUGAGCAUCUUAAGGAGAAAUUUCUUGAGAUUUUCAUACUGAGGGAGCUAUGUGUUUUGAAUUCGAGUUCAACAUGGUUUAUAUCCUGUUUGGUGGAAUAUACCAACCCAUCCAAGUCAUGUUUCCUACCUUAAAUGUUCUUUACCAGUUACAAACAGGUGGCUCACAACAGAGCUCUAACUAAGGCAGGGUGACCGAAGCUUGGUCCAUGGGCACCAAACUUUAGAGGAUGCCAAAAGUACCAUCUCAUAGUACUCUUCCUUUUCCUCUCAUGUGAGUUGCUCCUUCACCUUAGUGAUGGUGGCCUUGUUUUGGGGUGUUCUUCUUUUCCUCAGUGGCCACUCCUGAGGCCAGCUAUUCCUUUGACUUCUGAUCUUGCUCCCUGCCCCUCUCUCCAUUUUAACCUGCGAAAAAUUCCUUGUUAUGGCUCUGACCAACAUUUUUCCUGCUGGUUUUGCCUGUAUUACUUUUCCUUUGUAACAGAAGGAUUCUUAAAAAAAUGAACUGACCACCAGCUGUGUCUCCCAAUGAAUUCAUUGUGAAGAACACUAUGUUAGGGCAGGGACCAGACUCAAAACCAGACUUAAGAGCACCUCAAAACCACUAAAUUUGAUUUACCAUUUCCCACAAUGGUCAAGAAAGAGAGGCAUCGGUCUCUUCAUGAGAACAGCACCAAAUCCUGGCAACAGAGAGGAGAAUCUCCUUUUCCCCUGGGGUUUUGGAGGGGGAAAUGACACCUUGACCAGAAGACAGAGAGGGGAAAAGAUGUACCUUAAUUCUCAAUAUUUUGCCUUUUGCCUGUAAGAGGAAAUGACUCAGUGAAACUUUUAUAAGCCCUGGGGGGUGGAGGGAAAGCAGAGUUGAAAAUAUAGAGCGAGCCGAUUCAGUUCUCCAUCUCAAAGAACCUUUCCAUGGGCUCCAUGGAAACUCUGCUAUUUGAGAUGUUUAAACAUGAGACCUGAUGAGGAAAUCAACCAUUUUUACUGUAGGAAAGUAUGCUGAAUUGGGCUCUAGAGGCUGAUGACCUGAAUGGUCCCAGAGGUCUUUUAAUUAGUGUGAAAUCCUGUCUUGCUCAGAAAUGCUUCCUUGGCCCUGUAGAACAAACUAGAUGACCUGGAAGAGACUUCACAUUUCUCAUUUCUAGGAGUCUCCACACCCCCACCCUUCUUUCCCUUAAAACAUGUUCAGUGGUAUACACAGUGACCUACUGUCAGCUCCAAGGUAGGGCAGCUUUAGUGAGAGUUUUAAAUGGAAUGCAAUUAACUCUGAUGGAUACCCCAAAGCCAAUAGUGAGAGAGUCUCUUAAAAUGGUAUCCUUGGAGCCAGCUAUGAUCUUGAUGCCUGAGAUAACCCCAUGUAUAAUAACCAUGUACAAUGCUGACAUAAAGGAUGGCGCUUUUGAAAGAUACCCAGUUUAGAUAUAUAUAUUUUUUGGUCCCCAGAAUAGAUAAUUAUAGUUAUUAACAUAUUUGAUUAAUGCUCAUGGGUUUGUUUUAAUAAUAUCUUAAGACUGGAUUGAUUGGAGCAAUUGAAAAUCAGCAAGGUAUAGUGGAAGCCCUGAGCUGAGAGUCAGAAGAUCUGGAUUUUCAUGUUGGUUUGACUUCUAAGUCAUUAUGUAGCCUUGAAAAACUUAUUUUCCCUCAUUAGACUUCAUGUUCCUCACCUGUUAAAUGAGAUCAGAUGACCUUCACUUUCUUCACGUUGACCUUCUGUUGUUCUUAUCACACCCGUAAUAACAUUACUUCCUGCUCAUAUUUUUGAAAAUCCUUGCAUUCUCCUCUAGGAAUUUGCUUGUAGAUCUGGUGAUUAUCAUACAUACUAUCUGCUCAUUAUAUAAUCCUAGUGAGAGAUUGGACCAGCUCUAUAUCUGUGUUCUUAUGAACUAAGUUUCUGGAAUGAAUUAGAGUUAUUAAGGAGAGGAAGGCAAAACAGGAAUUAGGCGGCUCAAGGAAAAAUGUUAGUAAUUUAAGUGACCCAUGAUAAGAGAAAUGGGAGCAUCCUUAGCCAAAUCUGCAUUGACCCAUACCAAUUUCCUGAUGAAUGCCUCUGUGAGACAACUUUUCUACUUUCGGUAGGUAAUGGCCCCUCUUAAUGAGAGUAAAUCCAAUAUAAUACUUUUUGGACAGUUAACAAUAUUAAUCCCAUGAUUAUAAUAGGGCUAAGAAAUUGUUUCCCAAAGAUUCAUUUCUUCACUUACUGUGUUUGACAUUGCUGUUUUUUAUUAUUAUUUUAAAGUCCCUCUGUUCUCUCUGAAGUGGUCUUUUCUGAUGGUGAAGGAAUUUGUUUCUGACUCAUGUGAUCUUUUGAACCAUUCUAUGUGCAAGGAAGAAAAAGGCAGAACAACUUUAAACCUAUUUGGCUUCUGAGUUCCAGUCCAGUAACUGUGCACUGGUAUCCUCUUAACAAAUGAAAGAAAAAAUGUGAUAUUUCCCUUAGCCCUUCCAGGAUUGUUCCAAUUCAAGCUCAUAUUCCUAUCAGAGGACUAUUACAUAUAAAGUUGAUACUAGAUGUGUUUAAAGAAGGCCAAAGCCUUCUUCCAUGGAAGAAACUACAUCUCCCUAAAUGAAUAUGGGGUUGAUUUUUUUUUUAGCAGCCUUGUUGGUGAAGCCUAAGGAGAAAAGAAUCUAAGAUCUGGUUUUAAGCAAGUUCUCUUGAUAUAGGCUAUGCCAGCAUUUAAGAUAGGAGCUGUCCAAUAGAGAUGUUUGAAUAUCCUUCUCUUUCCCUCUGUCCUAAGCCUCUGACAGACUCUCCUAAAUCUAUGGAUUGAGUUAAUAUUUCUCUUUUUCACAAGGAGCAUUUUGUUUGCAGACACACCCCAAGAGAAAGUCACCUGAUUCUCACUAGACCUUUAACUGUGGUGAUAAAAUAACAGGACUUGCUGUGAAGCCUCAAUAAAUGUAAAGUACUUUUUAAAUAAAGAAAAAAAGGGUUUUUUUCUUCCUCAUGGAUUUGAACCAUUUAUAAAAUUAUUUCUGAGCUUUGAUUGGUACUUGAUUCAAAUAAAAUUUGGUUUAUUUUCAAAUA